AUGAAUGAAAAUCUUCAUUUUUUUUUCAAACUAAUCAGUUAAACGACAAAAAGAAAUCCAUUAAACGACAAUCCGCUCACUCCAUCCUCUGUACUCUUCUCCUUCCUCCAUCCUCUCUCCAUUCCUCCUUCCCUCAUCUCUCUCUCUCUCUCUCGCUUACUUUAUUCUGCUCUUUGCCACGCUUUAUUCUGCUUUUUUGCCACGCUUUCACUCUCUCUCGCUUUGGCAUUUCUGUUGCCAGUUUUUUUAAAGCUUUAAACAGAGGCAAUGCUGUUUCUGUUUUUGUCUUUCGAUUUCUGUCGAUUCUGUUUCAGUCUCUUUCUUCGCUAGAUCUACUUAAUUCUUUCCUCUGGGGAAAACCCUGUUCCCCAAUUUUUUCACUUUUCAGUGAUUUCACUGUUUUCUGUUUCUUAUGUCAAUUCACACUGUUUGCACUUAGAUUGAGAGUGUGGUAGUUUGGAUUCUUGCUAAACAACCCGCAUGUUGUGCUAGAUCCAAGCGGGGUCUUCUAACUCAAAGUAUACAUGUUCCGGCUCUGAGAGGGAGCUUUAAUUUUCUUCCGUUUUGAGACUGUGGUAGCAGCUAGCAUGAGCUGUAUUACUUAAGAAUUGUGGAUUUCUCCUAAAGAUUAAACGCGUGAAGAUAUUCAGACAGAGUUGUUUUGUUUUAUUUUUCUUGGCUUUGGCUUUUCAACAACCCCCCAAGCUCAAUUUUGCUUUACUUCUUUGCUCUGAAAGCUGGAAAACAAAUUUAGAAAAAGAGGGUUUGUCUUUUAUCCAAUUUAAGUACAUUGCUGUUUCAGUAAGAAACUAGCCACUCCUCUUUCCCUUUUGAGUCAAUUUUAAUUAGCUUCUGUAGGGCGAUGACCUUAAUUUUCUCGUUUUACAUUUUUAAGAUUUGAUUCUCUUAAUUCCUUGUACUUUCAACUUUUUUCUAAGCUGAGAAACAAUGCAUUACAAUAAUAUCACUUGAAACUUUUGGUUUUCUUGUUUGUGCUGGCUGAAUCAAGUUUCUUAUGCUUGAAUUACAAGGACAAGUUCUUUAACUUACAAUGGAGGAACCAUCAGUGUCAUCUGUUGAAGAGCCAAUGAACAAGAUCAAAACUUCUCAUAAACAGUCACCUGUGAGCUCAGUGGAGGCUGGAAAAACCACGAAAGCUGCUAUUUCUGCAACCUCUAACCUUUUACCAACCACUGGUUCUAUUAGAAAGAGAGGUGAACCAAAGAGCAGUUCAGAUUCAAGUUCAAAUGUGAACAAACCAACUAUAACUGCUUCAUCUCGCAAUUCAAAUUCGAUUCCAGUGAUAAAAAGAAAUGGCGCUGGAGGAGUGCCAGGGAAAUCAUCUACAGUAAAACGGCAAAAUAGUGUUAUUACUGUUGCAGGCAAAAGAACUACUGCUUCAUCAGACCCAGUUAAGCGGUCUCUUCCAGAGCUUAGAAGAAGUUCCUUGCCUUCAGCUGCUACAAAACCUGUAACUCGAUCAAGUGUUUCAGAGGUUAAGAAGUCACAAUCUGUGUCUGCUACUGAUAAGAGUUUAAGGUCAUCAACAGGGUCAGAUGUAAGUAGGCCAGAGACUAUCAAGAAACCUUCAGUGAAGCCAGUAUUGUCAGUCUCUUCCUCCUCAAAAAAACUUUCCUCUACGUCAUUGGACAGUACGGACAGUAGUGUGGGUAGGAAGACAGUUUCAAAGGUUAAUUCACCAUCAGCUCGUUCGCCUUCAGUUUCUAGUGCAUUGAGAACUAAUUCUUUGUCAAAAUCUCUGGAUAGAAGUUCUAAUUUGUCUGGACGUAGGAGCAUGGGAACUCCUGAAAGCCGGGAUUCUCGUUUCAUUGUUCUUCCACGGGUGGAGAUUAAAGCUGGUGAUGAUGUGAGAUUGGAUCUUAGGGGUCACAGAGUCCGCAGUCUUAAUGCUGGUGGGUUGAACUUGUCGCCAAAUUUAGAGUUUGUUUAUCUCAGAGACAAUUUUUUAUCUACAUUGGAAGGAAUUGAGCUACUGAAGAGGGUGAAGGUCCUUGAUUUGAGUUUCAAUGAGUUUAAGGGGCCUGGGUUUGAACCUCUUGAAAAUUGCAAGGCUCUGCAGCAACUUUAUCUUGCUGGUAAUCAAAUCACGUCACUUACAAGUCUUCCUCAGCUUCCUAACCUGGAGUUUCUCUCUGUUGCUCAAAAUAAAUUAAAGUCACUUUCAAUGGCAAGUCAACCUCGACUGCAGGUGUUUGCUGUAAGCAAAAAUAAAAUAACAACUCUAAAAGGUUUCCCACAUCUACCUGUCCUUGAGCAUUUACGAGUUGAGGAGAAUCCGAUACUUAAGAUGCCCCAUUUAGAAGCGGCAUCCAUUUUACUUGUUGGUUCAACUCUGAAAAGGUUUAAUGAUAGAGAUCUUUCCCAUGAAGAGGUGGCAAUUUCAAAGCGUUAUCCAGCAUGCACAGCCUUGUGCAUUAGAGAUGGUUGGGAGUUUUGUCGUCCUGAGAAUGCACCAGAUUCAACUUUGCGCUUUCUUUUUGAGCAAUGGAAAGACCAUUUCCCCCCAGGCUAUCUGCUUAAGGGUGCCUCUGUUGAUCAACCCUUUGAAGAAGAUGCUUGUCGCAGCCACUUUGUUUUUAUUCAAGACACUACAAGUGUUGAUCUGGAACUUGUCUUAAGAUAUCAAUGGUUUGUGGGAGAGAGAGCGCUUUCAAAUUUUGCUGCUAUUCCUGAUGCUACUGGACAGGCAUACUGGCCAAAGCAUGAAGACAUUGAUAAAUUUCUGAAAGUGGAAUGCACUCCUAUACUAGAAGAGAUACAGUAUCCUGCUAUUUUUGCCAUAUCUUCACCCGUUUCACGAGGAAGUGGAAUUCCAAAGGUCUUGAACCUUGAAGUGCGUGGGGAAUUAGUGGAAGGAAAUGUCAUCAGAGGCUAUGCUGAGGUUGCUUGGUGUGGUGGAACUCCUGGAAAAGGUGUUGCCAGUUGGUUGAGAAGAAGAUGGAAUAGUAGCCCUGUGGUUAUUGCUGGUGCAGAAGAUGAGGAGUAUCGGCUAACUUUAGAUGACAUAGGUUUGAGUUUGGUUUUUAUGUACACACCAGUCACAGAGGAAGGUGCCAAAGGGGAGCCUCAGUAUAAGUAUACUGAUUUUGUUAAAGCAGCUCCUCCAUCAGUUACUGAUGUCAAAAUUGUUGGAGAUGUUGUUGAAGGAAGUAUCAUAAAAGGAGUUGGGGAGUACUUUGGGGGAAGAGAAGGUACUAGCAAGUUCGAAUGGUUACGUGAGAAUAAGGAAACUAGCAGAGACUUUCUGUUGGUAUCAACGGGCACAUCUGAGUAUACUUUGACUAAAGAAGAUGUGGGUAGACGCAUAGCUUUUGUUUAUGUACCCAUUAAUUUUGAAGGUGAGGAAGGGGAAUCUGUAUCAGUAUUGUCUUCUGUGGUGAAGCAAGCACCUCCAAAAGUAGCAAAUGUUAAGAUAAUUGGUGAUAUGAUGGAAAACAAUAAGAUUACUGUAACUGGUAUUGUUACGGGAGGAACUGAAGGUUCUAGCAAAGUUCAGUGGUUUAAAACAAAUUCAUCAACACUGGAUGGGGAGAAUGGUCUUGAAGCAGUUACUGCAACCAAAAUUGCGAAGGCAUUCCGCAUACCUGUAGGAGCAGUUGGCUAUCACAUUGUUGCAAAAUAUAUUCCUAUGACUCCAGAUGGUGAAUCUGGUGAACCUGCAUAUGCUAUAUCAGAAGAAGCAGUGGAUACUCUUCCCCCAAGCCUAAAUUUCUUAUCUAUUACUGGUGAUUAUGCUGAAGGUGGCAUGCUGACAGCAUCAUAUGGCUAUAUAGGAGGCCAUGAAGGAAAAAAUGUGUAUAAUUGGUAUAUUCACGAGGCUGAAACAGACUCUGGUACUUUGAUACCUGAGGGUUCAGGAGUUCUUCAAUAUUGUAUUUCAAGAGAUGCAAUAGGCAAAUUCAUAUCCUUCCAAUGUCUCCCUGUGCGUGAUGAUGGGAUUGUAGGUGAGCCAAGAACUUGCAUGGGACACGAACGGGUUCUACCAGGAAGUCCAAGGUUGCUUUCUCUUCAAAUAGUUGGAAAUGCUGUUGAAGGAACUCCAUUAAGUGUUGACAAAAAGUAUUGGGGAGGUGAAGAAGGAGAUUCAGUUUUCCGCUGGCUUCGGACUAGUUCAGAUGGGACUCAAACCGAAAUUUGUGAUGCUACUGCUAUGUCGUACAUGCUUUCAAUUGAUGAUAUUGGAUUCUUUAUUUCAGUUUCAUGUGAGCCUGUUAGAAGUGAUUGGGUUCGUGGUCCUAUUGUUGUUUCCGGACAAAUUGGACCUAUCAUACCUGGCCCUCCAACUUGUCAGUCUUUAGAGUUUCUAGGGUCAAUGAUGGAAGGACAACGUCUUAGCUUUGUUGCUUCUUACAGUGGCGGGGAGAGAGGAAAUUGUCUCCAUGAAUGGUUUAGAGUGAGAAGUGAUGGUUUUAGGGAGAAACUAAGUGCUGAUGAGUUUCUGGAUUUGACAUUAGAGGAUGUUGGAAAAUUCAUUGAACUUGUAUAUACCCCAAUGCGCAAAGAUGGUGUGAGAGGAAAUCCUAGGAGCAUAAAAUCCAAUAUGAUUGCACCAGCUGAUCCUGUGGGGUUGGAACUUGUGAUUCCUACUUGCUGUGAGGACAAGGAAGUGAUCCCACAGAAGACAUACUUUGGUGGACAGGAAGGUGUUGGAGAGUAUAUUUGGUAUAGAACCAAAGAUAAGCUGCAUGGAUCUGCAUUGGUGGAUAUAUGUAACGGCUGUGAGGAUGUUCUCAUAUGCAGCAAAACAUUGACAUACACUCCAUCACUUGAAGAUGUGGGUUCUUACUUGGCCUUAUAUUGGCUGCCCACUUGUGCAGAUGGUAAAUGCGGAAAACCAUUAGUUACAAUCUCUGAUUCUCCAGUUAACCCAGCUCUUCCAAUUGUUUCUAAUGUUCAAGUGAAAGAGUUGCGAUCUGGUGUUUAUUCUGGAGAGGGAAAGUACUUUGGUGGGUAUGAGGGAGCAAGCCUCUUCAGCUGGUACAGAGAAACUAAAGAGGGAACCGUCAGUCUUAUUAAUCAUGCUAACUCUAGAACUUACGAAGUCAUGGAUGUGGAUUACAAUUGCCGCUUGUUGUUUGGGUAUACACCAGUUCGUUCAGAUUCAGUUGUGGGAGAACUCAAAUUAUCUGAGUCAACCGACAUUAUUCUCCCAGAGCUUCCUAGAGUCGAAAUUCUCUCUCUCAAUGGAAAGGCUAUAGAAGGUGGUGUGCUCACUGCAGUUGAAGUAAUACCGAAGAGUGCAAUACAACAAUCUGUUUGGAGAAAGUACAAGAAGGAUAUCAAAUAUCAAUGGUUCUGUUCAUCAGUAAUAGGGGACAGGGACUCCUUUGAGCUCCUACCUUCACAGUGUUCCUGCUCUUACAAGGUGCGACUUGAGGACAUUGGUAAAUGCUUGAGAUGUGAAUGCAUAGUGACUGAUGUGUUUGGAAGGUCAAGUGAGCCGUCAUAUGCUGAGACUGCUCCUGUAUUGCCAGGAAUUCCUCGAAUAGAUAAACUAGAGAUUGAGGGAAGGGGUUUCCACACGAACUUAUAUGCCGUUCGAGGCAUUUAUAGUGGAGGAAAGGAGGGAAAAAGUAGAAUACAAUGGCUUAGGUCGAUGGUUGGUAGUCCUGAUCUGAUCUCUAUACCAGGAGAGAUAGGAAGGAUGUAUGAGGCUAAUGUUGAUGAUGUGGGGUAUAGAGUGGUGGCUAUUUAUACUCCAGUUAGAGAGGAUGGCGUUGAGGGACAGCCUGUGUCUGCAUCCACAGAGCCCAUUGCUGUUGAGCCUGAUGUUCUUAAAGAAGUGAAGCAAAAGCUGGAACUUGGGUCUGUGAAGUUUGAGGCAUUAUGUGACAAGAACCGUUCUCCCAAAAAGGCACCAGGAGAGGGGAGCCUUGAGAGAAGAAUUCUAGAAGUUAAUAGGAAAAGGAUUAAGGUAGUGAAGCCAGGUUCUAAGACUUCCUUUCCUACCACUGAAAUUCGUGGAAGUUACGCUCCUCCUUUUCACGUUGAGCUUUUCCGGAACGACCAACAUCGGCUUAGGAUUGUUGUGGACAGUGAAAACGAAGUAGAUCUAAUGGUCCACUCCAGGCAUCUGCGUGAUGUUAUUGUCCUCGUGAUUCGAGGUGUUGCUCAACGAUUCAAUAGUACAUCUCUCAAUUCUCUCCUCAAAAUAGAGACAUAGUAUUUGCCAACUAUUGUAAAGUGAAUCGGUUUGCAAAAUAUAUUCAUUUGUAGGUUUUUAAUUCAAUUAGUCAACAAUUUGUCCCACAUUAAACUCCUAUGUUUCGCUUGUCAUUAUUUUUGGUGGUGUCAUUGUUUGCAAGAUACAUUGUGCAGUGCUGGAAAGGCUGGAGGUUUUAAACUCUGUAUAUUAGUAUAUGAAUGAAACUGAAUCAUUUGAGAAA